CUAGCCGCAGAAGUCCCAACAGCAACAAGCAACAACAACAACCCAUCAUUCCAAAAGAGUCAGAAAUUCCCUGCAGCAAGUGCACCACCCUACUUCCCUGUCAGGCACUGUAUCCCACACAGCAGAGUUGCCCCACUUGUGAAUGUUCGAAGCAUGGUUCCUGUUUUCUCGGCCCCACCGCCAGCGAUGAGGCCCCCAGCCAUUGGAAUUUCGCCACCUGUCUCCAUUAGACAGGUUGUCCCUGUAUAUGCUGCUCCAGUUUGCAAGGAGCUACCCAUGGUGCGGCCGGUUGUUAAAGCGAACGAUCAGCAGGUAUCAAGGUUGUUGACAGCUAAGAUGGAGGAGCUUCCAUUUGCUGGAGCUGCCCCAGUGCCGAUUUCUGAAGUUCCAGCACGUCAAGUCGGGCUACCUUCAUCUCAAGUUUCCACUGUUCAAAUCAAGCGAGUUGCUAAGUUUAGUGGCCCACCAGGCAGCCCGAGAGCAGCCAGCGACAAGACUAGGAUUGCAGUGCAUGACAAGCUGCAAGAGUAUAAGGAGAUUGAAGAUUUGAAAAAUCUCAAGAUAUGA